AUGUCGUCGAGGACGACCGCGGGGUCCCGGGCCGCCCCUGGCGGCGGCGGAGGCCGGAAGAAGGCGCCGGCUAGUGGCACGACAUCAGCGCCCAGGCACAUGAGGAUGAUCCAGGAGAAGCUGGCUCGCGCGCGCGAGGAGGAGCGGCGCGCUGAGGAGAGGCGCCGGGAGGAGGAGGAGCGGCGCGCGGAGGAGGAGCGGAGGGCGAGGGAGGAGGCAGAGAGGCAGGCCGAGGUGGAUAGGAGGCUUCGGGAGGAGAAGCGGCGGAAGAGGCAGGAGGAGGCCAAGAAGCGCGGGGAGCGGGAGGAGAAGCUCCGGAUGGAGGCCGCGCGGAGGCGGCUUUUCGUCGCCGUUGCUGAUGCCACCGGCGAAACUUUGGGGUCUGAGGACCAAUUGCAGUACGAACAGAGCAAUGCGUCGCUGGAGGAUGAUGGAGUAGUCGUUGAUGUACUGCAAUUGGGGGAGGAACAGAUUACACAAUCAUCUUCGGAAGAGAGCAAUGAAAUCGACGAAGAUGAUACUUGGGAGAACAAGAGCUUCGAUGGAUUUGAUUCCCUAUUGCAUGGUAAAUCUCCCUCUUUUAGAGGACUGAAAGAGGAGCAAGCAGAGGAAAAGCAGGUGACCUCUGCUGCUCCAAUUUCUAACCCAAUCAGUUUAUUGGAAGAUAUUGGGGAAAAUUUGGUCUCUAUCCUUGAGGAUGAAGGUCAAGGUAAUGGGGUUGACAUGGAGCUUCGUGCACCGAUAUGUUGCAUCCUUGGGCAUGGUGGGGAGGCUGGAGGAAUCACGCAGCAGAUUGGUGCCACCUACUUACCUGUUGAGAAUAUCAGGGAGAGGACCUCCCUUAAAGCUGAGGUUACCAUCAAAGUUCCUGGCUUGCUUGUAAUUGACACCCCGGGGCACCAGUCAUUCAGUAACAUGCGCUCGAGGGGAUCAAGUCUGUGUGACAUUGCUGUAGUGGUUGUUGAUAUUACACGUGGGCUUGAGAAGCAGACCAUGGAAUCCCUUGAUCUUUUGAAACACCGCAAUGUGAGGUUUAUUGUUGCCUUGAACAAAGUUGAUCGGCUAUAUGGUUGGAAGACCUGUAUCAAUGCACCAAUAGCAAAAGCGCUUAAGAACCAAACUGAUGAUGUACAAAGAGAAUUCAAAUGGAGGGUUAUAACACAACUUAUGGAAAAGGGUUUCAACGCUGCCCUGUAUUAUGAGAACAAGAAGCUGAAGCAAGUGGUCAAUAUUGUCCCAACCAUCGCUGUAAGCGGUGAAGGCAUUCCAGACCUACUUUUGCUUCUGGUGCGAUGGGUGCCAAAAAUAAUGAUGGAGAGACUGACAUAUGUCAAUACUGUGCAGUGUACUGUGCUGGAGGUCAAUGAAGAUAAGGACAUUGGAACAACAAUUGAUGUAGUGAUGAUUAAUGGUGCACUUCGGAAAGGUGAUGGAAUUGUUGUCUGCACCAAACGGGGGCCUGUCACAACCAAUAUAAGGUACUUGUUGACUCCUCCAAUGAAAGAACUCAAAGUUAAGACCUACCCAGUACACCUACUCCCAAAUGUCCACAUGCCUCAUUUAGCCUGUUUUGGAUGA